CGUGUUAAAGCUAAUCAAUACUUCAAACCUUAAAGCUGAUCCCUUCUUAGUUAGCCUCCUACAGGGUCCCUUCAUUUCACAGCGGGGUAAUCUUAAUUUGGUCAACCAACCAAGCUAUUAGGUUUCCACGUAAGGCCGUAGCUCAAGAUCCUGUCGUUCCAGGAAGGAACCUUUGCCACCGCUCUUCUACCUCUCUAUAAAAACUGCGCCCCCUUCCCUAUCCAAAAUCUCUGCUCUGCUCUCUACAAAAUUUUAUUAUUCAUACAAAUUAAUUAAGAAGGCAGUGGUAAUAAAGAGAUGGGGAACUGUAUUAGACGCGAAAAGUCAACUUGGGCUGAUGACGAGACCAGCUGGUCAUUGCAGUCAUCUCAGAUGGGUGGAGAUUAUGGUGAUAAUGAGAUUAACAUUAUGGAGAAGGAGACGAGGCAACUUUUUGGUGGAAAGACAGAUGCAAUAAAUACCAGAGAGGUGAAGAUAACAAUUUCAAAGAAGGAGCUGGAGCAGUUGGUGCACAAGGUGGAGAUGCAGGGCUUGACUCUUGAACAGCUACUCUUAGCCAGGAUGGUGAAGGGUGGAGGAGGAGGAGAUAUGUUUGAGUUUGAGCAACCUCGCUCAUGGAAGCCAGUGCUACAAAGUAUUCCGGAGGUGAACUAGGUUAUGAUCAGUCAUAGAUGGUGGUGCCUCAAUUCCUACAUCAUUUGGCACCGUUUUCUAUUGUUGAUGUGUAUAUCUCUCUCUCUCUCUUGAAUUCUGAUCCUGUAAUUAAUAUUCAAACCUUUUGGUUUUAGAUUUUUUUUUUCAAAAUUUUCCCUUUGUUCUAGAGACGUAUAGUUAUUUAUGGUUUUCGGCAAUCAUCCUCCGCCUCAAUCAAAUUUUAAUUUUGUGUGUAUUUAAGAAGUAUUAUGUAUAUAACCUUCCACUCAAGUUCCAGAUUUUUAUAACUUUUGUGAGAAGAUUUCUUGAGUAUAGGGAUACGGACUGCCAUGUUAUGAAAUUAGAAAUCAAUGGUAUUUUGGUGAUCAUCGAA